AUGCGCUUCAGCAGGAUCCUCACAGCCCUCGUGGCCUUGCCCCUGGCUACAAGCCUGAGCCCGCGGGCAGCUGAAGCACAGCAUGUCAACCUCGACGAGUACCUUGCGGCCAACAAUUUGGCCCUGGUUCCGCGACAAGACCUCAGCGAUGCCAUACGGAAUAUGAACAUGCUCCUGGGCGAACUGCGACGGGAGCGCGAGGUCGCAACUCGUAUCUUGCCGCGACAAGCCAACAGCAGUAACCCUGGCAGUCCCAGCAACGCCGGUGGCAGUGGCAGCAGCGAAACAUCAUCGACAAAUAGAGAAGACGGCAAUUUCAACCCGCUAAACAUCGCAGAUCCCUUCGGCCUCGGCGAUGGCAUCAAGGACCUGAUCGACACCAUCAAGAACCUCCGGGAGACCGUCGACAUCGUCCUCCAGAUCUUCAGCAAGGACGGGCUCACGGAUCUCCACGACAUCCUCCAGUACUUGUCUGAGACUCUGAGGCCGCCGACUCCCCAGAUAGCCCGGAAGCUGCUGGUUGACAUCGACUCGCUGCUUCAGGAGCUCGACCUCAGGAGUCUACUGGAUCAACUCAAAGGUGUCGACAUUGGCGGCCUCGUCGAAGCAGUCAAGCCGCUACUCACCAAGGAGACGGUCGAGCAGAUUAAGGGACUGUUGGACAGCGCAUCUGGUCUGCUGACCAAGGAUGUGACGGAUCAGCUGAAGGAGCUCAUCGGCAGCCUCGGUGAAUAUGAUCUCGCUGGCUUGCUGGAGCAACUGAAGGACGUUGAUUUGGCAGGUUUGGUCAACGCCGUUAAGCCCUUGUUGACUGAGGACAUCAUCAACCAGAUCAAAGACCUUUUGGAUGGUGCAACCGGGCUGCUCACCAAAGAUGUGGUUAAUCAGCUUCAAGGCCUCCUCGGAAGCCUUGGUGAACUUGACCUCGCCGGCUUGCUCGAGCAGCUCAAAGGUGUCGACUUGCCGGGCUUGGUCAGUGCCAUCAAACCAUUGUUGACAGAGGAUACCAUCAGUCAGAUCAAAAGCCUCUUGAACGGUGCGUCAGGUCUUCUCACCAAGGACGUCAUCGGCCAACUCAAGAGCCUGCUUGGUACUCUGGGUGAACUCGAUCUUGCCGGGUUGUUGGAAAAGCUCAAAGAUGUAGAUCUCAAGGGUCUCGUUGAGGCUGUGAAACCGCUGCUGAGCAAAGAAACUGUGAAUCAAGUCAAGGAACUUCUCGGUAGUGUGUCUAGCCUGCUUACGCAACAGGUGGUGGACCAACUAAAAGCUCUGCUCGGUAGCUUGGUCGAGCUUGACUUGGCCAGUGUAAUUGACCUGGUAAAAGAUAUUGAUCUCAAAGGCUUGGUCGAAGCUGCAAAGCCUCUCCUGAGUAGAGAUACAGUGGACCAAAUUAAAAGUCUUCUUAGCAGCGUGUCCAGCCUUCUCACGCAAGAUGUGGUUGAUCAGCUGAAGGGUCUGCUGGGUAGUCUGCUUGAGCUUGACCUAGCCAGCGUCAUCGAUCUGGUCAAGGACAUCGAUCUCAAGGGUCUGGUUGAGUCAGUAAAGCCACUCCUGGCCCCAGAGACGGUCCAAUUGAUCAAUUCGCUUCUUUUCAACGUUGCUGAGCUUUUGACCGAAGACAGUGUUGAACAGCUCAAAGGACUGCUUACAAGUUUCGGCGAGUUGGAUCUACAAAAGCUUCUUGACCAGAUCAAACCGUUGAUUGAUAAAAUCACCGAACUGGAUAUUCAAGAGCUGCUUGAUUCCAUCAAGCCCUUGUUAACCUUAGAUACAAUUGGGAGAAUCAAGUCGCUUCUGGAAAACGCAUCGCAACUCCUGACCGCCGAGGUUGUCAGCCAGCUCAGGGGCCUCUUGGUGAGCUUGGGCAACAUUGAUCUCGCAGCCCUCAUCGACCAGAUCAGACCACUUCUCGACUCACUGUCCAGCAUCGAUCUCAGGGGCCUUUUCAAGCAGAUUGGUCCCCUUCUUGAGUCCCUGGGCCGAAUCGACUUGAAGGGUAUCUUUGACACCCUCCAGCCACUUUUGACCAAGGAAUCUAUAGAGGGGAUCGUCGGUCUCCUCACGAGUGCCGAGGGUCUUAUCGAGCAGGUCAAGCCCCUGCUCGAUUCGCUGACCGGCUUGGAUCUGUUUGAGCAGAUCGGUCCCUUGCUCGAGUCACUUGGUCAAAUAGACCUGAAAGUGCUGGUAGAUUCGGUGCAGCCGCUUUUGACGACGGAGUCUAUCGGGUCCAUUAGUGUGCUGCUCACCAACGCUGGUGCUCUGGUCACCACCGAUUUUGUCCAAGACAUUAAGGGCCUCAUCUCUGGUGCUGGUCCGCUACUCCACUCGCUCGAGGAAAUCGAUCUCAAGAGCCUCGUCGACCAAGUUGCCCCUCUGCUGCAAUCACUAUCCGAAGUCGACCUCAAGAGGCUGUUGGACCAGGUCGCUCCUUUACUCGAUACUCUCGGCAGCAUAGAUUUGGUCGGGCUGUUGAACAUCGUCACCCCAUGGCUGGACAGCCUGGGGGACAUUGAUCUGAAGAAGCUUUUCGACCAAUUCGGCCCUCUCCUAGAUUCACUGGGCAGUAUAGACCUUGUGGGAUUGGUCAAGAGUAUUACACCGCUUCUUAACGACCUCAAGGACAUUGAUUUCAAGCAGUUGGCCGAGAAGAUCAUCCCUCUCAUCAAUCAGGUGGGCAAUAUCGAUCUUGCGGGCCUUAUCGCCGGGGUGACACCCCUCCUUGAUUCACUUAAGGAAGUGGAUCUGAAGAAACUCUUUGCUCGGGUCGGCCCUCUGCUCAAUUCCAUCGGUGAGACCGAUCUGGCAGGGUUGGUGCAAGGCAUUUCGCUACUGCUUGGCUCGUUCAAAGAGAUCGACCUCAAAAAGCUCUUCAUCCAGAUAGGACCGCUCCUCGACUCGCUCGGCGAGUUUGACCUGGCCGGCCUGGUCAGAAGCAUCGCGCCGCUUUUGGCAGUUCUCCAAAAGAUCGACUUUCAGAGGCUGGCUGAAUCGGCACAGCCGCUGCUGGAGGCGCUGGGCCGUGUCGACGUCGGCGCUCUGGUGGAGUCGGCCAGCAGCUUGCUGACAAGGGAUGGCGUCAAGGGCAUCGUGACGCUGCUUGGAAACGCGCAGCUGCUGCUGUCGAGGGAUUUUGUUCAAAAUACAAAAGAGUUGAUUGGUGAUGCCACCCCGCUGAUAUCUGCUGUUUCGGACUUUGCAUCAGCGAUAUUAACCUCCAUCCUAAGUUGAUGGGCAGGUUGAAGGCUGGGCUGGGGCUUUUGGUUUGAUGGGACUGUCUUCUACAUCAAGACCAGAAAAGACCAGAAAAUAAAUGCAAAUCAUGUCAUUACGAGCUGGCACCUAGCAGCUUGAGAUUU